AUGGCGCUUCCGGUCUGGACUUUGGUGCUGCUGGUGGGGGCUGUCUGGGGUCAGGGCCACUCGCCUCUCCCCUUGGAGGAGGAGGACCCCCCAGAUUUGAAGCCAGCAGUCAAGAGCACUAUGCAGAAGACCAUCUCCGUGGCCCAGUGUGACUUUGACGACAAUUCCAGGCCCAUCUGUGAUUGGACCCAAGUGGCCUCUGAUGACGGGGACUGGUCACGCACCAGUGGGCCCUCCCCCAUGGGCCGCACAGGGCCCUCAGGGGGGUACCCCGACGGAGAGGGCCACUACCUGUACAUGGACCCCAGCUCCUUCCACCAGGGCGGGGUGGCCCGCCUGCGCAGCCCCGCUAUCUGGGACCAGGGUCCCCUGUGUGUGCACUUCGCCUACCACAUGUUCGGGCUAUCGUGGGGCGCCCAGCUCCGACUGCUGCUGUCCCGGGGCCGCGCUGACAAACACCCCUACGUGAUCUGGAAGCAGAUGGACACCCAGAGCCAGUCCUGGGUGCCUACUGCUGUCACUGUGCCCGUGACACUCACCCUGCCCAGCGAGCUAGUAUUUGAAGGGAUGCAGGGCAGUACCUCAUACCUGAACAUCGCCCUGGAUGCCAUCACUGUCCGCCGGGGCUCCUGCCAUCAGGUCUGCAGGACACAGACCUGUAACUUUGACACACUCCAAGACCUCUGUGGCUGGAGCUGGGUGCCCACCUCCUCCGGGGCCAUAUGGGUGCAGAAGAGUGGGUCCUCGGGGGUGCCAAACGUGGGGCCCCAGAGCGACUUGUCUAACCCGGAUGGUGGCUACUACAUGCUCCUGGACCCUAAGAACGCACAGCCGCUGCAGAAGUCGGCGCUGCUGAGCCCCCUCAUCCCGUCCCAGGGCUGCCUGAGCCUGUCUCUGCACUACACCCUUCACGGCCAGGCCCGGGGCGCCGCCCUGUUCAUCCAGGCUUCCAACUCCGGCAGCAUCCGAAAACACACACUGUACUCGGGACAGCCUGGGCCUGACUGGCAGCCUGUCUCUGUCAACUACACAGGCGAGGGAGAGAUUCAGUUCACCGUGGUAGGUGUGUUUGGGACGACCCCAGAGCCGGCUGUGGCCGUGGACGCGAUCAACGUGGGGCCCUGUGAGGAGACCUUUCCAGAGUGUGACUUUGAAGAUGAAGCCAACCCCUUCUGCGACUGGACACAGUUGCCCGAAGAAGGCGGGCAGUGGACCUGGGGACACAAGAAUGCUGCCUCCAGGGUCCCUGGCUACACCGAGGGCCACUACAUCUACCUGGAGUUGGACAAGCUGUCCCAGGCAGGCCAGGCCUUCCUGCUGCAGAGCCGGCCGUUCUGCGCCCCGAGCGCGGUGUGCGUGGAGUUCUCCUACCACAUGUCCGGCCUGGGGAAGGACAUGAUGUUCCGGUUGCUGCUGGGGAGCCCUGCGGGCAGCCCCCCAAAUUCUCUCUGGCACCGCGUGGGGUCCCAGAGCUCUGACUGGCUGAUCGCCUCCAUCACCAUCCCUCCGGGACAUCAGCAGCCCAUGCAGCUGAUCCUGGAGGCUGUCAGGGGUUCCGACACUGCCUUUGUGAUCGCUGUGGGGUACAUCAGGAUUGAUCACGGGAUCUGUCAGGGCUCUGUUUCCUCUUCUGACUCUUCAGACAUCCUAAUGCACCCCCAAAGUCUCACCACAGAAACUACCAUCUCCACAGAGAAAGCCACUGUCUCCCCUAAAGAGCAAACCACCCCCCCUACAGCACCCACCACCCCCACCAGCACAGAAACACCCAGGAAAAACACAGAAAAGCCCUCCUUGACCACAGGAAAACCCACCACCACCACCACCACCACCACCACAAAAAAAUACACCACAACCACAGAAAAGCCCACUACCACCACCACAAAACCCACUACCACCACCACAAAACCCACCACCACCACCACAGAGAAACCCACUACCACCACCACAAAACCCACCACCACCACCACAGAGAAACCCACUACCACCACCACCACCACCACCACCACCACCACCACCACCACCACCACCCGAAGGCCCACAGUUUUGCUGAGGCCUACUACACCUCCAUCCACCACCCUGGCUGCUGUGACCAAGGCUACCACAACUCCUAGGAAAAUCCCAGAGGGAUGCCCACCCAAUGCCCAGAACCAGCCCUGCGCCUGCCCAGCAACCUGCGACAACCCAAAGCCCAGCUGUGAGGGCGACUGCCAGUGGGGCUGCGUCUGCAACCCCGGCUUGCUGUUCAGCAACACCAGCUGCAUCAACGCCUCCAACUGCCCCUGCUUCUACAACGAUGAUUACUACCAGCCCGGGGCUGAGUGGUUCAGCCCCAACUGCACGGAGCGCUGCCAGUGCCUGCCAGGCAGCCGGCUGGAGUGCCACCCCUUCCAGUGCGGGACGCAUACUGUGUGCCAGCUCAAGGAUGGCCAGUAUACGUGCCACCCCUAUGGCUCUGCCACCUGCUUCGUCUACGGAGACCCCCACUACCGCACAUUCGACGGGCAGCAUUUUGACUUCAUGGGCAAGUGCACUUACAUCCUGGCGCAGCCGUGUGGCAGCUACACAGAGCCGUUCUUCCGGGUGACGGUGAAGAACGAAGACCGUGGCCAGGUGGGCAUAUCUACCCUGAGCAAAGUCUAUGUGACCCUGUCGGAGACCACCAUCACCUUGCUCCGGGGCCGGCGCACGCUGGUUGGGGGACAGCAGGUGACCCUCCCUGCCGUGCCGUCCAAGGGAGUCUUCCUGGCCCCCAGCGGGCGCUUCGUGGAGCUGCAGACUAGGUUCGGCUUGCGGGUGAGAUGGGAUGGUGAGGAGCAGCUUUUUGUCAGUGUGCCCAGCACCUACUCCAGCAAACUCUGUGGCUUCUGUGGCAACUACGAUGGUGACAGCAGCAAUGACGACCACAAGCCAGAUGGCAGUCCUGCCAGGGACACCGAGGAGCUGGGCAACAGCUGGCAGAUGGUGGAGGACGAGGAUAAGGAGUGCCAGAAAGAACAGGCGAGCCCCCCGUCUUGCGACUCCAGUUUGAUAAACACCCUGUCUGGGCCGGCCAUCUGUGAGGAGCUGGUGGACCCCCACGGAGUCUUCGAGACCUGCCUACCCCACGUGGCCACCACACCUUUCUUCAACAACUGCAUGCUGGACAUGUGCAGCUUCCAGGGCCAGCAGCAGGUGCUGUGUGGACACAUGGCGGCCCUGACCGAGACGUGCCAGGAGGCAGGCUAUGCUGUGAAGCCCUGGAGGAAGCCCCAAUUCUGUGCCCUGCCCUGCCCACGUUACAGCCGCUACACACUGUGCGCCAAGCCGUGCCCCGAGACCUGCCAUGCCAACUUCUCGGGCAUGUCGUGCCAGGACCGCUGCGUGGAGGGCUGUGAGUGCGUGCCCGGCUACGUGCUCAGCGGUCUGCAGUGUGUGACCCGUGCCCAGUGUGGCUGCCUGGACCCCACCAGUGGCAGCUACUUCAAGGUGGGGGAGCGGUGGCACACACCGGGCUGCACGCAGCUUUGCCUCUGCAAGCUGGGCGGCCAGAUCAGCUGCAUGGCCUGGAAGUGCCUCGCGCAGGAGACCUGCGCCCGCAUGGAAGGCAUCUACGGCUGCCACGCGCUGGGCAGCGGCACCUGCACCGUGUCCGGUGACCCCCACUACCUGACAUUCGACGGGGCGCUGCACCACUUCAUGGGCACCUGCACCUACACGCUGACGCGGCUGUGCCGGGAGCGGGCACUGGAGAGCAGCUUCACCGUCAGCGCCACCAACGAGCUUCGCGGAGGCAACCUGGCGGCCUCGUACGUGCGGGCCGUGCACGUGGACGUGUUCAGCCUCCGCAUCUCGCUCGUCAAGGGCCACAGGGUCGUGCUGAACGGCAGCCGCGUGAGCCUGCCCGUGUGGCCGCUGGGCGGGCGCGUGGCCAUCAUGCCCAGCGGCUCCUUCACGCUACUCUACACCGACUUCGGGCUGCAGAUCCGCUACGACGGCGGCCAGCUGGUGGAGGUGACCUUGCCCUCCUCCUACGCCGGCCGGCUCUGCGGGCUCUGCGGCAACUAUAACAACGACAGCCUGGACGACAACCUGCAGCCAAGCAGUAAGCCAGCCAACAGCUCGGUCAUCCUGGGAGCCUCCUGGAAGGUUCCAGAGUCCUCAGAAACCGGCUGCUACACAUCUGGAAUUCCCCCCAGAUGCUUGAAGAUGGAGGAGGCAGAGCCCUGGAAUGUGAGCUGCAGUAUCCUGACAGACCCCAAGGGACCCUUCGCGCAGUGCCACAAGGUGGUGCCCCUACAAGCCAGCCUGGCCAGCUGCCUGUAUAGCCAGUGCAGCAGCAAUGGCAGUGCCCAGACCCUCUGCCACUCCCUGCAGGCCUAUGCGGCCCUGUGCGCCCAGGCUGGCCACGCCCCUACCUGGAGGAACAGCAGCUUCUGCCCUCUGAGGUGCCCACCGGGCAGUAAGUACAGCUCGUGUGCCAAGGCCUGCCCCCAAAACUGCCUGAGCGUGAGCGCCCCCCGCGAGUGCCCACAUGACCUGCACUGCGUGGAGGGCUGCGAGUGUCAGAACGGCCACGUGCUUAGCGGCAUCUCCUGCGUUCCCUUCGGCCAGUGCGGCUGCACGGACAAGCUGGGCUUCUACCACCCGGUCGGGGAAAGCUGGUACGCUGACCGAGAGUGCUCCUGGUUCUGCACCUGCUCCACGUCCAACAACAUCUCGUGCUUCCACUCGGUGUGUUCCGGUACCCAGAGGUGCUGGGCCCUGGACGGAUUGCUGCGCUGCCGGGAGGCAGGUGUGGGCAUGUGCUACGUCUCAGAAGCACAGCAGUACGUGAGCUUUGACGGCAGCUCCCACAGCUUCGGGGACAACUGCAGCUAUGUUCUGGCCAAGGUGUGCCAACCCGGCACAGACCUGCCCUUCUUCAAGGUCAGCGCCACCAACGGGCCAGGGGACGGCCACGACGCCCGGCUCACCCCCCAGCACGUCAGUGUCCUCAUCUUCAACUCCCAGAUCACCCUGAAAAAGGACCAUCAAGUGUGGCUCAACGCCUCCCGGACCUCCCUGCCCGUCUCCGGAGUGAUCCCCGGGCUCCGCAUCACGUCCAGUGACGCCUACACGGUGCUGGACAUCUACAACGGUGUUCUGGUCAAGUUCGACGGCACCCACCUGGCCAUUGAGCUGCCCCGUUCCUAUUACGGGAAAGUCUGUGGGCUGUGCGGGAACUUCAACGGCGAGGAUGAUGAUGAGCGCUUGAUGCCCAAUGACCAGCAGGCGCAGAGUGACGGCGAGUUCCUGCAGAGCUGGCAGGACCAGGAGCUUAGCCCCCACUGCCACAGAGAGGGGGCCAAGGCUGCCCCGGAGGAGCUGGAGACCAACUGCCGGGUGGCCGACCUGUCACGGGCACAGGAGCAGUGCCUGGAGGCCUUCCGCGUGCCCAUGUGGGCGGCCUGCGCCAUGCGCACCAGCCUCAAACCUUUCCUGCAGCACUGUGCCCACAGCCUCUGUGAGUUCGGGGGGCUGAGCCAGCCGCUAUGCAAGACCCUGCAGGACUUUGCCUCCGCCUGCCAGGCCCAGGGACUCCGGCCCCCCAUCUGGAGGAACAGCAGCUUCUGCCCUCUGGAUUGCCCAGCCCACAGCAGCUACAGCACCUGCCUGGCCCCCUGCCCACCCUCCUGCGGGAACCUGGAGGGCCAGUGCCCGGGCAGCCCCACGCCCACAGCCUGCCAGGAGGGCUGUGCCUGCCAGCCGGGCUUCGUGCUCAGCGGACAGCAGUGUGUGCCCCAGAGCCAGUGUGACUGCAGUGGUGACCAGGGUGGCACCAUCGCUGUGGGAGAGACCUGGCUGUCAAGCAACUGCUCUCAGAGCUGUGUGUGCACCGCGGGCACCAUCCAGUGCCGGCCCUUCAGCUGCCCCCUUGGCUCCUUCUGCCAGGCCAGCGCUCAGGGCAACGGCAGCUGUGUCUCCAGAAAGUCGGAGCGGUGCACCGUGUACGGGGACCCCUUAUAUGUCACCUUCGACGGUACCUCCUACAACUUCCACGGCCGCCUGACCUACACCAUGGUGACCACCGUGCAGCCGCUGCCUGCGGGGCUGGAACCCGUAGAGGUGCUGGGCCGGAACAAGCUCCGCGGCCUCAGGGAAAAGGUGCAUCUGCAAGAGGUCAUCGUCAAGGUCUAUGGCUACCUGCUCCAUAUGAUGCCUCAGUCUAGGCUGCUGGUCAAUGGGGAGAAUACUAAUAUCCCCUUCCAGCCAAGUGACCAGCUACAGGUGACUCUGCGUGGCCAGCGCCUGUACCUGACCACCGACUUCCAGCUGGCUAUCAGUUUUGGUGAUGAGCACAAUUCAGUCAUCUACCUGCCCAGCGUGUACCAGGGGCUCGUUCGAGGCCUGUGUGGGAACUUCGAUGGGGACAAGACCAACGACUUCAUGCUGCCCGACGGCCACGUUGUCAGUGACGCUGUCCUCUUCUGCAACAGCUGGGUGGUCACGGAGUCAAAGGAGCAUCAGAGUCGCUUCAGGAGGUCCCUCCCAGAGGAGACGUUCAUGGAGGACCUGGGCUUCCACGUGUCCCGGUGCAGCGGCAAGCAGUUGGCCAGUGUCAGCGGCUUCCAGGCGUGUGGGGUGCUGGCUGACCCCAGAGGGCCCUUUACUGCCUGCCACCCACGAAUGGCCCCAGAGCCCUUCCAGGAGCACUGCAUGUUUCAACUGUGUGCCAUCCCAGACCCAGAGCAGCAGGAGUCACUGCGCUGCCAGGCUCUCAGCGCCUACGCCUCCAUCUGCCAGGAGACGGGCACCACCCUGAGCGGCUGGCGGGACCACACCCAGUGCAGUGAGGCAGCCUCCCCUGCCCUCCCCACCCUGCUCUGCCCUGGCCCCCCAUCCAACUCCCAUCUGUCAGCCUCCCCUCUCCUCCCCACCAUGGCUGCACCCCCAACUCCUCUGAAGAUCACUACUAAAAAAAAAAAAAACAACUUUUUUUUUGUUUUCUUUUUUGCUUUGUUUUGUAAUUAAUUUUUUUUGCCACCAGGGUUAUCAUUGGGGCUCUGUCCUGUCACUAUGAAUCCACCACUCCCGACAGCCUUUUUUUUUUUUUUUCUAUUUUAUGUGAUAGAGACAAAGAGAAACUGAGAGGGGUGGAAACAGAGAGACACCUGCAGACCUGCUUCACUGCUCUUGAAGCUCCCUCCCCUGCAGGUGGGGACUGGGGCUCAACCCGAGUCCUUGAACCUGGUAAUGUGUGUGCUUUACUUGGUGGGCUACUGCCCAGCCCCCCCCAAUCAAUCUGUUUAAAAUAGGGCCCAGGAGCUAGUGCAGUGUCCAUGCUCAAUACCCCACACUUGCAAGCCCUGUGUCUCCUUCCUGAAUUCCAUCUCCAGCAUCACCAGUCACCAGAGCUGUCAAAAAUUAAAAAUAAGAUUAAAAAGGAGUCUGGUAGUAGCACAGCA